GUGAAGUGAGAAAGAAGUAGGUUAACCAAUUAGAAAUGAAAGAGAGACUGAUUAGCCAAUCGGAAACGAAAUGAAUGGAGUCUAGCCAAUCAGAUAUGAGAAGUAGAGAAUUGGACUAAUUAGAAACGAGAAUAAGACAGUUGAACAAAUCAGAAUCGAAAGUGAGUAAACAAGAAAGAAAGAAGCAAGAAAGAGAGAGAGAUAGGAUGGUGAGUAGAGUGAGAAGGGUUGAGAAAAAGUGGGAAAUAACAAAACAAGAUGUCCGUAUCAGCAGUCGAUAAGAGUUUAUCACGCAACGCGCUUAGCAUAUACGUUUGUAAGCUUUCUCUCUCUUUCCGUAAACGCGCAAGCAAAACAGCCAAGUGCCGAGGAAACCCCUACUAACCGUUUCACGAGCGUCAGUGUGCUAGUCAGUGGCAAGAAAAAAUGGCGGAUGUCGACUUGAACAUCGACAGCCUCAUACAAAGAUUAUUAGAAGUGUACAACACGCAGAAAGACCAGGUUCAGAAGAAAGCCAAGCUAAAAGAUAUUUUCUCGUCGGAUUUUGUCGUAAGAGGAUGCAGACCGGGAAAGACAGUAACAAUGUCCGAGGGAGAAGUACGUGGACUUUGUUUAAAGUCCCGUGAGAUUUUUCUUCAACAACCGAUACUUCUGGAAUUGGAAGCACCUCUUAAAAUUUGCGGCGACAUUCAUGGCCAAUACACGGAUUUGUUGAGACUAUUCGAAUAUGGUGGAUUCCCACCCGAGGCUAAUUACCUUUUCCUUGGUGAUUAUGUUGAUCGUGGAAAGCAAUCUCUCGAGACGAUAUGUCUCUUGCUAGCUUAUAAAAUCAAAUAUCCUGAGAAUUUCUUCUUACUACGUGGGAACCAUGAAUGCGCCAGCAUUAACAGGAUAUAUGGAUUUUAUGAUGAAUGUAAAAGAAGGUAUAACAUAAAGCUUUGGAAGACAUUUACCGAUUGCUUUAAUUGUCUACCAAUAGCCGCCAUUAUCGACGAGAAGAUUUUUUGUUGUCAUGGUGGCCUCAGUCCAGAUCUUCAGAGUAUGGAGCAGAUUAAAAGGAUCAUGAGACCCACAGAUGUACCUGAUACUGGUCUUCUUUGCGAUCUACUUUGGUCUGACCCUGAUAAAGAUGUUCAGGGCUGGGGAGAAAACGACAGAGGUGUUUCUUUCACCUUUGGUCCAGAUGUUGUAUCCAAAUUCUUAAAUCGUCACGAUAUGGAUUUAAUAUGUAGAGCUCAUCAAGUUGUCGAAGAUGGUUAUGAAUUCUUUGCUAAAAGACAACUGGUCACUCUCUUUUCUGCUCCUAAUUAUUGUGGAGAGUUUGACAAUGCUGGUGGCAUGAUGAGCGUCGAUGAAACAUUAAUGUGCAGUUUCCAGAUCUUGAAACCUUCAGAGAAGAAAGCAAAGUAUCAAUACGGUGGUAUGAAUACCGGUCAAGCAGGCAGACCAUCUACACCACAAAGAAAUCCAGCGAAAAAGAAAUGACAGCCUUCUGACCAAAAUGAACAAUUAGUAUUCUCUUUAUUGACAGUGCUGAAAGGUAAGGUUUGUCUAUUUACGAGAAAAGGUCGUACAGAUUCGACGGGACGAUAAUCUUUUAAUCGCAGAAACUAGUAAGGACUUUAUUUUCACGUUUUUCAGCAUGAAGACGUCGAGCUCGAUCUAAUCUAUCCUAAUCCGUUAAUAUAUAAAAGAUAAAGUGUGCGUAAGACGAUUACUCUUAUUUUUUAUGUUGAUUGCAUCUUAAACGUGAGAUAUUGCGGUUCUAAUUAUUCACAAACGAUAGAAUUUAUUUCUGUUCAUUUUUUUGUUUUUUCUCCGUUUCUUCUUUUUUUUUUCUUUUUCAUUAAACUAGGCGACGUCUACGGUUCUUUGAAAAAAUACUUUGCAUUUUUUCUUUACAAAGAAGAUAAUAGUCUACGAUUGAUAACGGCACAGAGAAAUCUACAAGA